UUUAAAUUCUUACUCUUCAUAUAUAUUGUUCAAAGUGAAUAUCACUUAUUCUGCCUCCAUCAGCAGAAAGCCAAACAGUGUCCAAAAUCUUUAGGAAAGUAGAUAAUUACACCAACAUGUUUAGUUAUGAAAAUGAAGACAGCCAAAUAACUUCACCAAAGGAUUUGAGUUAUAUAAAGCAGGUCGCCACUACACUCAAUCGCGUAGCUUCCUGGCCUGUGCUCGAGUCAAAGAAUAAGAAAUAUACCUUUCAUGUAAAAUGGAACAUAACUUGUUUUCUAUUUAUGAGCAUUAUAUUUAUUCUUCAGAUCUGGUAUAUAAGAUGUAACAUAAGCACAACCAGUUUCGUCAUAAUGGGACACAAUUAUAUAACACUGGCAAUGAAUAUCAUUUGUCUGCAAAGACUUACAAUGCCAUGGAUGGCUGAAUAUCGGCAAGUGAUCAAAGAAUUCUUGGAAAACAUUCACCUCUUUCAUCUAAAGGAUAAAUCUGAAUAUGCUAACAAGAUUUAUAAAAAAAUAGAAAAAAUCUGCUAUAUCUUUACGGUAUUUGUACACAUUCAACUGUACUGCGGAAUCCUGUUAUUUAAUGUAACCCCUACGUAUAAGAACUUCAGAGCGGGCAUGUAUGGGUCUAAUAAACCUGUUAAUGCUACUUACGAGACAGCAGUAUACAUUUCUCUCCCUUUUGAUUAUGUUACUGAUAUAAAAGGACACAUCUUUGUAAGUUUUAUGGGCUGGUCUUCAACAUGCAUCGGUUCCACGAGUUUCUGUUUAUGGCAUCUACUUCUUUCUUUGAUUGUGUUCCAUUUAUGGGGUAAUUUGAAAAUUUUGGAACACAACUUAGACAAUUUCCCUAAACCUGCUAAUCAUCAGAUGAAGAGUAUCGGAAUUGCAUGGUAUACGGAAGAGGAGUCUAAAAUGAUAUCAACAUUAAUCGUGGAACUUGUGAAUCAUCACAGGAAUAUAAUGGGCUUUAUAUCAAAGACCUCGAGCGCAUACAGCUUUUUUCUACUCUUAAAUUUCUCAUUCUAUCAAAUAGUGGGUUGCAUUAUUUUACUGGAAUGCUCUACAUUGGACACCGAAGCUCUGGGGAAUUAUGCACCUCUGACAGUUGUAUUAUUUCAGCAAUUGAUACAAAUAUCUGUCGUAUUUGAAAUUCUUGGAUCUCAGAGUGAAAAAAUUAUCGAUGCAGUGUAUGAUUUGCCCUGGGAGUGUAUGGAAUUGAAAGAGAGAAAACUCGUUUUAUUCUUCUUACAAAACGUCCAAGAGCCAAUAAACCUGAAAGCUUGUGGCAUGAUCCCAGUUGGGGUUCAAACUAUGGCUGCGAUUUUGAAGGCGUGCUGUUCAUAUUUUAUUAUGCUUCGUACGGUGACCUCUACUGAAGAAAUGACUUGAAGUUAAAAGUAGUAUCACCUUAACUGAGAUUGAGAUUUAGAUAUUUUUCGCAUGCACAUUUUGCGUUAUAAUAAAUCAACCUUUAAAUCAUCACGUUAAAUUCACUCGUGCCUAAUAGCGCAUCUGCAUUCGCGUGUGAAGGCCGAUUCACACGUAUUAAGUUGUAAAGUAGUUUAACUAAAUUUUAACUUAAUUUGAAGCGCCUUAAAGCGUGUAAACAAUUAAUUUAGUUAUAAGUUAAAAUUUAGUGUGCAAGUAAACAAGUAUCAAUCAGAAAGCACGAUCGCAUUGUCAUUUGAUGGACAGCCGUUGCGGUGUAAAUAUCAUAGUAAAUUCCCGGUUUGCGCCGUAAUUAUGUGCAAAAAUCGCAGUACCACUGUAAAUCUAAAUAAUUAAGGAGUUUGUUGCGAAUGCAACUUAUUAAUACUAUCCUACUGCUGAGCACAGGCCUCCUCUCAUGUACGAGAGGGCUCGGGCUAUAAUCCCCACGCUAGCCCAAUGCGGAUUGCACAUACACCUUUGAUUUUUUUCACAGAUGUAUUCAGGUUUCCUCACGAUGUUUUCCUUCACCGAAAAGCUAGUGGUAAAUAUCAAAUGAUAUUUCGUACAUAAGUUCCGAAAAACUCAUUGGUACGAGCCAGGAUUUGAACCCACGACCUCCAGAUUGAAAGUCGGACGUCAUAUCCACUCGGCCACCACCGCUUACCAACACCAACCACCACCACCAAUAAUCACCAACCACCACCAACUUAUUAUUAUAUAAAAAUAUCCCAAUGCAGUAGCUAAACGCAGCCUUCGGGCUCGGCUAGUAAUCGGAGGCUUUUCAAAACACCAAUAGGAGCACUGCACAUAUACUGUAUCGCGGCCAAUUAGAAGCAUCUAAAUUUAAACCACUUUUGGUACUGAUCAAAUAUUGCAAAUUCACUCUUUCAUCAUCCUCCAUACUAUCAACACCCACUUUCUACAUUUAACCGUUUUGGCAAGAACACUUGUAAACCAGUACCUUUUGGAAGAUUAUAGCUAACACUUCAUUAUAAA